AUGGCCUCCUCAAGAUCCAAAGCCAUUUGGGACAGCCUCUCAUCAGAGCAGAAGAAGGAGAUCGUCGCCAUUGCAGUCAACAGGCAGAUGGAGGCUAGUGUUACUACGGACACCCCAAUGGAGGAGGCGGCCAACGACGGCAAUGCUAGGUACCAAGAAGAAGUCCGUGAAGAGGCGAGGAUGGAGACGCAAGCACCUAUGGAGGAGGAGACGGAAGAAGGACGCUCGAGACGCAAAGCAAAGGAGGUGCCGGACUACCCCGGGUGCCCGGCCACCAGCAGCCCGGGUGCCCGGCCACCUCCUACAGCCGGCUGGGUGAGCCCCUGGCCGCCCCGGGUGCCCGGCCCUUGCCUGGCGCUGGCCUCAGCUGCCCUGGGUGCCCGGCCAUGCAUUUGGCCCCUGGUGCCCGACCCCCUGCCUGGGCGCUGCCCCCGCCACCCCGGGUGCCCGGCCUCCUCUUGGGCGCGGCCCAGCCCCCCACCGGGUGCCCGGGCUCUCAACCCCUGGGUGCCCAGCCCUCUAGCGCCCCGGCCAAGGUGCCCUGACCGCCCCGAGUGCCCGGCCCUUCGGCCCUGGGUGCCCGGCCGCCUACCACCGCACCACCUCCGGGUGCCCGGGCCCCUUUACCCCGGGUGCCCGGACCGAUCUGUUUGCCUGCGUGCAAGUUGGGGCUUUUUGCCCUUGUAA